CCCAAACGCUUGUUCUCCGGAGCAACCUAUAGUGACGAGAAAUCGAAAUUAGGAGCCAUUCAAUCCAGCCAACCAAACCUUCUUUUUUUCUCUCUCGAGUCUUGAGCAACCCAACGAAUUGCCAUGGCGAGGCUAGCUGGGCCAUGCGAGCUAUAGCCCACCCAGGACCCUAUAAGUCUACGACUACCACCGUACCCUACCUGUAGCCGUCGCCGUGCCGUAACUCGGCGUCACCGCCGACGCGUCGAUCCCGUCCCAACCUCACCAAACACCCCCGCCUCUCACUCGCGUCGCCGCCAUCGCCGUCACCAUUCUUCCUCGUCGGGACAAUUUGUCCUGCUGUCUCCACCCCGUCCGCAGUCGCUCUUUGGCCAUUCCGUUUUGAGAUGUUUGGUGAUCUCAGCUCAUGAGUAAUCAGAUGCCAAACCAUGCAUGCUAGAGGGGGCGCAACACAAGAUGGUGCAUCUAAGAUUUACUGGGGCGUCUGUUAAUGGUCAGAGCAAAUCACGGGAGACUAUAGGUGACGUAAUACAUGGAAAGGCAAUCACUACAAAGUUAUCUCUUCCAAAGAUCCGAGCUAUCAUUAAGAAGCUAAAUCCAAGGCAGAGGGACUUGGUCCGGGCUCGCGGAUUUGGGACAAUGCUGGAUAUUAAAUGCUCUCAGUUGCCAAGGGAUUUGGUAGUCCGCCUAGCAAUCUGGUUUGAUUGUGACAGUCGAACUGUAAAUGUUCCUAAUGUUGGCAGCUUCGAGAUAAAUCCUUUCACAGUCCACCAGAUUCUUGGUAUACCAUUGGGUGGUAAGUUAAUCGACAAGGUAGCGACAAAUGAGGCCAGAGGGGCCAUUGCUGAAGACACUGGAAUACGCUCUAGUGGGCCUAGCAUUUCACACUUGAGUACUAUAUUGUCUGAUGACCUCACCGAUGAAAAGUUCCUUAGAAUCUUCAUGCUACUUUUAUUGUCAACCUUCCUGUGUCCAACCAGCCACCCCUGUGCAAGCCCAGACUACUACAAUGGCAUUGUUGACACUGAUGAUAUCGCCAACCAUGACUGGUGCAGCUUUGCAUUGGACUGGUUGGUCGAGAAGAUCAGACAAUUUCAGAUCUCACUGUCGAAGCCAACCGUGGAAGGUAAAGAGCAGUCUAUCUCUCUUGGGGGAUGCUUGCUGAUUCCGCUGGCGACGUUCUUUGACUAUCUCGAUCUAAAAGGAACAAAGGUUCGCAACUGCAUCCCACGGUUACCAGCUUGGGAUGAUAAUGCCAUCAACGCAUUUGACAACAUAAAUUUUGCACAACUAAAGUUCAAAGACAUAAGCAAAACAUGUUUCAUGCAAAAGCCAUCUUGUAUUCCGUCAUGUCAGAGUUUGCCAAAUGGAGUGGCUCAGUUCAUUGACACACUUGUCCAGUCUGAUGAUGAUUUCAGGGCAAAGAUGAAGGAGAUGUGCACUGAAUUUUACAAGACAUCGUUGGAUGCAUGCUUCAAUGCACUAGAGCCUGUCCUUGCAAAGCAAAUGUGCACAAUGGUUGAAACUGUUUGUAACCAGGUCAACAAAAGAGCCUCGUCAUCUUCGACACCAUCAGUCAAUGAAUUCACAAACCAGGAAUGUAAUUCACAAAGGUGCACAGUGCUGAAUGAUGUACCCACCAGACCCCUCCAAACAGUAUUGGAUACAGAGUUUCACAAUCCUUUAAUGGGUUCAGCACUGGGUAUGGUAGAGAGCAGUGGUGGUGGUGAUAUCUGUCAUGGCGACUUACUAGAUGGAGACGUGGUAAAUGGCCUGCUGCAAUUACACCGCCAGGGAGGACCUGUCAUUGGUAUGGGUGAUACAUGUUUUGGUGCCCUCGUUGCUGACCAAGCUGUCUCUGCCAUGUCAAGCGAACAUCGACCACAUAGCCCAGCUAACAAAGGAAAUAUGAUCAUCAAUGCUUCUCAGAAGGCAGGGCAAGUCAAGAGUCUGGUUGGGGACACAACUUUAGAAGGGGCUGAGUUUGUUCAACAUGGUCAGCAAAGUCAGCUGGCUGCCUAUGCAAAGGAAGUGACAGAAAGGAGAAAGUGUACGUCAUCAUCGCCUAGAGGUGUGGAUUCAGCCACAAUGCAAGAUUCUGGGAUGGAGGAUUUGUUGUCAGCUGGUACCAAAGCUGGACAACCAGAAAGCAGUCCAAAUGUUAAACAGGUGAGCAUGGCUGAGAAGUCAAUGUCAGCUGACAGAAGGGACAACCAUGGUGAUCUUAACAUGGGUAUUACUGAUGAGCACAUUGCUCCAAUUGCUACCACACAACGUUCCAGGAUUUCCAAGAGGCACAUUGACCUUGUUUGUGCUGACUCUGAAUCUGGAUCCCGCACCCCCCUGAAAAUUCAGAAAAACAGAAGUUCAGUUUGCGGAGACAAAUAGAAAUGCCAGGAUGAUCAUGAUAUUGCAAAACAAGUCCUAGACCUCUAGUAUGCACCAAGGUUCUGCGUCGAUAUGGGCCAUAUGAAGAACCCCUCCAAACUCAGGAAUCCCAGGCUCAUGCCAAUUGGCAGGAAGAAAUACAAAGACAGUCUAGCGUAGGUGUUUUAUAUUAGUCGAUAUAGUUAGUGGGCUCAACUCCAAUAUAAGACAGGCUCUGAAUUGUCUCCAGUAUAAGAAAAUUACCUCUCCAUCUGGUUUGAAUUCUCUGUUAUUCAACGGGGGCAAGCCAAACUAAAUGUGGAGCCACAUGCCCAAGGUUUUUCUUUCAUGAUGGAAAUACAAAGCAGAGAAGAUAUAGCGCGUACAUAAAGCAAUAACCACUUCACCAGGUAGUUGCUAUUUCAGCUGUGGCCAAACGCUCAUUGCUCCCAACUGAUGCAUGUUCGCGAGGGUUGUAACAUCAAUAAAGCACAUCUGUUUUCCUUUAAUCUCAUGUGCAUUGUUAUUGCUA